UUCACACUGUGGUCCGCGUCCUUUUCCGGUUCGCUCAUUGGAGUGGCUGUGUCUUAUUUAGUUUUAGCUGUAAUUUAAUCUAUCUCCAUCUUCCAAAAUGAAGAUCUACAAGGAUAUAUUCACCGGUGACGAGAUGUUCUCGGACACUUAUAAAAUUAAACUUAUUGACGACGUGUUGUACGAAGUUUACGGAAAGUUGGUGACUCGUAAAUCUGGAGACAUUCAGAUCGAUGGUUUCAAUCCCUCAGCUGAAGAAGCUGAUGAAGGUACAGAGGAAGGAGUCGAGUCUGGUGUCGAUGUUGUAUUGAACCACAGAUUGGUGGAAACUUAUGCCUUCGGGGACAAGAAAUCUUAUACUCUCUACCUUAAAGACUUCAUGAAGAAAUUGGUAGCUAAAUUGGAGGAAAAAUCACCAGACCAGGUUGAUGUUUUCAAAACUAACAUGAACAAAGUAAUGAAGGACAUCCUCGGAAGAUUUAAGGAACUCCAGUUCUUCACUGGUGAAUCGAUGGAUAUUGACGGACUCGUUGGUCUCAUGGAGUAUCGUGAAAUCGACGGUGUGUCAACCCCAGUACUCAUGUUCUUUAAACACGGUCUCGAGGAGGAGAAAUUCUAAAUUAAACGAUAAUUCAUUAGAUAUUCAACAAAUUAUUGGAUAACGAAAUAAAAAUUUUAUAAAUCCGGAAUCAAGACUGUACCUUAGCUUCCCACGUUCUAGGGAUAAUCAGUGUCCAACGAACUCACGCAAUUUAAUUUAUAGCGAAUGAUUAUUUUUGAUUUUGUAAUUUUCUUUUUAAUCACUUUGAGAAUGUACAUAAAAAUUCUGUCAACUCUCCCAUGAUGAAUGUAACGAAUUGUCCAAUACUGAAGAUAUUCCCUCGAUUAUUUAUUAUUUCUGAAUAGUUUGAAUGAGAAGAUGGAGAUAAUUAUGAACAAGAUCCAGAUGCUGAAGAUUUGAUAUGAUGGAAUGAAAUAAAAUUGUUUUCGUGAACCCAAUUGACCCAUUGCAAUCAAUAAAAAAUGUUUUCGUAAGUGA